GCAUGGCGGCCAUGGAGGCUCCGUCGUUUGACGUUCAAAGAGCAGAAAGGUUAGGUUGGACAUAGUUGCUGUCAGCGUAAUGUUUCCUUCGCUGAUUUCUGCUAUUUUGAGGUCAACGUAUUCGUACAAAUGCUUGAAGAAUAUCGUCAGGAAUAUAUAGUUUAACGCUUUACAGUGGCCAAGCUGAAAUUAAAGGAGAAUACCUAUCCUCUAAAGUUUACUCUUAGCCUAAAGUAGCAACUAAGAAAAUAUCAGGAUAUGGUUCAACAAUACCAAUCACCCGUCAGGGUGUACAAACAUCCUUUUCCGCUCGUGAUGAUGGCAUACGAGCGUAGAUUUCCAACGUGCUCACAAAUCCCUGUUUUAGUUGGUUGCGAGAUAGUUUCGGACGAAGAGUGUAAAAAUGGUACAUUUAGAAUAACGGAACGACGAUGUAAAUUAAACGUCGAUGCUCCAUAUAUUUUAAAAAAGAUAAUUGGGGUCGAUUAUGUAUAUUUUAUUCAGAGGAACAUUUUAGAUAGAAGGAACAGUGUGCUAGAAAUUGAAGCGUACAAUGAAAGCUUUUCAUCCAGAGUAACAGUCAUUGAAAAAUGUAGAUAUUUUGUUCAUCCUCAGAAUCCAGAGUGGACCUGUUUUGAACAAACUGCAAGUUUAGAUAUCAGAAACUUUUUUGGCUUUGAAAAUUCAAUGGAAAAAUUAGCGAUGAAACAAUAUGCUCAAAACAUAGCAAAGGGUAAAGAAAUAAUUGAAUAUUUCAUAAAUAAGUUAAAAGAGGAAGGUAUCGUUUAUGUAUCUCCGUGGAAAGAUCCUAAUGAAACAUCAUUUACGAAGGAUACAGGAAAUGCUGAUGAGGAAAGUCAGGAAAAUCUGAGCCUAAAAGAGCCUUACACCUAUUCAGAUUUGCAAAAUAAAGAAAUGCAGUUGUCGUCGGAUUACAUAGAGAGAUACUUGGGAAAGUUAAACAUGAUACAAGAGAGUAAACUUAUACAACUGCGUCAAAGUAUGAAAGAAUUAAGGGGAAGUUCAGUACCUAGUGACGCGACUCUCUUGCGAUUUCUCAGAGCUACAGAAUUUUCUGUUGAUAAAGCGAAAGAAAUGUUAACGCAGGCGUUACAUUGGCGGAAGAAACACCAAAUCGAUAGACUGCUGGAAGAGUACCAAGUUCCGCAAGUGGUAAAAGAUUAUUUUCCUGGUGGCUGGCAUCAUUUUGAUAAAGAUGGUCGACCUUUAUAUAUUUUGAAAAUGGGUCAAAUGGAUGUGAAAGGAUUAUUAAAAUCCAUCGGAGAAGAUGAUUUAUUAAUGUUGGCGUUACACAUAUGCGAGGAAGGCCUACUCUUAAUGGAAGAAGCAACUACCGUUUCUGGUCAUCCGGUAUCACAAUGGACUUUGUUAAUAGAUCUGGAGGGUCUGAACAUGCGUCACUUGUGGAGACCCGGUAUAAAGGCUUUAUUACGAAUCAUUGAAAUCGUCGAAAUUAAUUACCCAGAAACAAUGGGUAGAGUACUUGUUACACGAGCACCCAGAUGUUUUCCUAUUUUAUGGACACUUAUUAGCACUUUCAUAAAUGAAAACACGAGGAAGAAAUUCAUGUUUUACUGUGGCACCAGUUAUCAAGAGCAAGGCGCUGGAGGUAUCGACGAAUAUAUCGACCCUGAAUUCAUUCCGGACUUUCUUGGAGGAUCAUCCGAGACUUGCACUGCCGAUGGAGGAAUCGUCCCAAAGCAACUGUACAACUUGGACUUGGAAAUUACGUCCACCGAAGAAGGGCACAGUUUAUAUCACACCAUUACCUUGAGCCGUGGACAAAUCCAUCGUGUGAUAAUACAUUCUAAUGACCCAGGAGCAGUUCUAACGUGGGAUUUUGACGUGAUACGUCAUAAUAUUACGUUCACUGUUCUGUAUCAGGCCAGUCCAGAUAAUAAACCUUCAUCCUCAGAUAAGGAACCAGAGGUAACAGAAACGGAAGAAAUAAAAGGACCUUUCGUUAAAGUUGAACCCACUAUUACUUGUCAUGAUGGUGAAAGUAUCCAGGGUUCUCACAUAAUGCAACAAGCAGGUACAUAUGUAUUGCAGUGGCAUAAUCAAGAUGAUCAGGUAGAAUUUCUUCCAUCCAUCAGUAGUCACAAAGCACAACUCAUGUACUUCUACGAAACGUUACCUUCAAUCCACUACAGAGGAUCUAUGAUGAGCUUGCAAUCCGGUAUAAGUACAAAGUCAGAAGCGACUUCUUCGUUUUUGUCCAGAUGACGCGCAAGUACCGCGUCCUAACGCGUUAAUCGAUCGUUAAAAUUGCUAAGCAUAAAGAAAUAGAGGAACGUUAUUUUUCAUAAAUGAUUGAUCAAUCAAUUAAUUUUUGUAGAAUAUCUUCCACCACAGUAAUUUUAUACGAUUUUAAGUUCUCAAAGGAUUAUUUUUAAAACUGUACAUUUGCAAUAAGAGCAUCACGUUCGAAGAUGUAAGUAGAAAGCACGAAAUUUUAAUUGUAAAAAAUACGUUGAAUAAAUAAAAACUAACUUUAUUAAAUAA